CCUUGGCGCCGGCGGUUCCGGUCGCGUGGGUUUUGCGAGCGUGCUGCGGUCCGGGGCUGGCGGCGUGCGCCAUGGGGGUCCCCAAGAGGAAGGCUUCGGGGGGCGCGGCGGCCCCCGCGGGCCCGGCCAAGCGAGCCCGUGCGGAGGAGCUCACGGGCGUGCGGUUCAAGACCCAGCUGAGGGACGCGCAGGGCCCGGCGCCUGCUUUGGAAGCCUUCAUUUCUGCUGCCAAGCAACUACCACGGGAAGACAUGUGUGAUGUCGUUGAGGGCUACAUCAAGAUUUCCAUGGAGUGUGCAGAAAUCUUCCAGCUCCUGAGUGGAGAGAAGCGGCCCGAGAGUGAAGUGCUGUUAAUAUUUCAAGUUUUUGAGGCCAUAUUACUGAGGACAGCCAGUGAUCUUACGCACUUCCACGUGGUGGGUACCAAUGUCGUGAAGAAGCUACUGAACAACCACAUGAAGCUCCUGUGCGAGUCCCUGUAUGCGUCUGGCUACCGGUUGGCUCGAGCCUGCCUGGAUCUGAUGGCUGCCAUGGUAACCCAGGGUCCUGAAGCCGCCAGGGAUAUGUGCAGCUGCUUUGAUUUGAAUAAAAAAACCUUGUAUACCCUGGCAACCAAGAGAGAUUCAAAGGGGGUGCAUGACGUCCGGCUGGCCUACAUCCAGUUCGCCCUCUCCUUCCUAAUUGCGGGUGAUGACAACACUAUAGGUCAAGUCCUGGAGCUAAAAGAAUUUAUCCCAUGCAUUUUUAGCUCAGGCAUAAAGGAGGACAAGAUUUCUACCAUCAACAUUUUGUUAUCUACACUGAAAACAAAGGUAAUUCACAAUAAAAACAUCACAAAAACCCAGAAGGUGCGUUUCUUUACGGGGCAGCUUCUGAACCACAUAGCUUCUCUCUACAACUGGAAUGGGAUCACUGAUGUUGCUCCAGAAAACCCAGAGAGCACUGAGGCGUCUGCUGAAGAGGCGGGGAAAGCCAUGGUGAGGGACCUCGUUCACAACUUCCUGAUAGAUCUCUGUUGUUCUCGAAAGCAUGGGAUUUGUUUUUAUGACGCCUCAUUGGGAACUUCUGGCAGAGGAGGAAACCUGACACUCCUGCACUUCUUGUUGGGUUUGAAAACUGCAGCUGGGGAUGAGCUGGUGGCCACUCUGGUGGUGAACAUCCUGAAGGUGUGCCCAGACCUGCUGACCAAAUACUUCAAGGAAGUCACAUUUUCCUUUCUCCCAAGAGUGAAGUCCACUUGGCUCAACAACGUGAAGCUGCUGAACAAGAUCUAUGAGGCCCAGCCAGAGAUCUCCCGGGCCUUUUGGACCAGAGAGUUUAUCCCCUUGCCAAGGCUCCUGGCGAUGGUGAUGGUGACCGCAGUGCCUUUGGUGUGCAACAAGAUCAUGUUCACUCAGGCAUUAAAUUUGGACAGCAUACCAGUGAAACACACAGCGUUGUCCCUUAUCUCGGUCAUUUUGAAGAGAGCAUUGAAAACAGUUGACCACUGUCUGGAUAAAGAGGCUUGGCAAGACUCGGGCGUGUACACAGCUGAGAUGAUGGAAGACUUUGUUCAGCUCUUCAGAGGGGCCUUGAGCAAGAUUUUGCCAGAUCUCAACACGGUGGUUUGGGUCUGGCAGUCAUGUAAAAAACAAGACGUCAAGCAGGAGCCUGGGAACGGGAGGAAGAGCAGUGACAAGACUCCUGCUGUCCCCAGGGCUGCCCAGCAAGAUGAUGCAGAAACCAUUCUUCUGAAAGCUGCUCUGCUCCAGGUCAUAUGCCUCUACCAACAGGUUGUUCCCCACACGGUCAUGCAGUACAACUUUGACUUCAGCAAACUCCUAAAAGGCGUCAUCUCUGAACAGGGCCCUCCUGAGGAGGUCCCCCCCAUCUUGCAACACCACAUGCUGAAGGUGGCCCUGGAAUUGCCUGCUAACAAGUUUAUGUGGCUAAAGGCACAGGAAGGCCCCGAUGCAGAAAUCAUUGGAGGAGAACGCUCGGUUUUUUACCUAUUGAUGAAGAUGUUUGUGAACAGUAGCCAUUUACAGCUCAAGUCAUCCACUAAACUUCUGAUUAUAAAGAUUCUUCGGGACACGGGUGUGUUCGAACACACGUGGAAAGAGCUGGAGCUGUGGCUGGAGCACCUGGAUCGCACCGCAGAAGAGCACAAGGAAGCCGUUAUUCAGUUCCUGGAGCGGAUUUUACUGACACUGGUGGUGAGUCCUUACUCAUACACGGACAAAGCUUCUGAGUUUGUUCAGGAAGCCAGCACCCUGCAGGCCACUGUGGGGAAGCAAGACACGGAUGAUGUCAGCAUUCCUAUCUCCCACAUUGAUGAUGUGCUGGACAUGGUGGAUGUCCUGGUGGAAGGCAGCGAAGGCCUGGACGAGGACAUCGGAUUCUUGUUAAAUGAAGACAUGAUUCAGCUCACCUUCCCCUUCAGUGCUCUGGUCCCUGCGGCUCUGGAGGCCAGGAAUAAGGUGCUCCUUGGGACAGAAAGUACAGCAGGGCAAAGCAUCAUGGCGUAUCUGAUCGCAGUGCUGACCGACCUCCUCCAUACCCAGAAGGACCCCCUCGCUCUGUGCCUUCUGCUCCAGGCUUAUGACAAGACUGAGCCUGCCAGCCUGCUCUGCCAUCAGCACCUUGCCCAGUUUCACAGAUACUACAGCCUCUGGAUCCCUGAGCAGGCCCGGGAGGCCUUGCCACUGCAGGUGCCCAGCAGCUCUGUACCCCUUGACCCCCCAUCAUCAUCUUGCUUCUCCACCUUGCUGCAGACAUCGUAUGAGAGCCACACACUUGGGGACAAGCACGUUCAGACACAGCUGCUAGCUGCUGUCCCGCGUCUAGCUCUGCAGCAGGUGCUGCGCGCAGCCACACAGGUGCUGCUGUACCUCAGGAGCACUGUGGAGAGCUUCCGCCAGCUGGGCAAAAGUGUGGGCCCCACCCUCCUGCAGCUCCUCCUGGACCUCCUUAAGCACCUGGUUGUCCACGCUGAGCAGCUGGAUGCCCAGAACCAGCAGAAGGCAGAGGCCGCCCGUGCUGAGUCUGAUCUCUUUUUGGACAUGGAGUCCGUUGCUUCACUUGAGUUGGCCACUGAUAAGACAGUAGAGGAGGUGCUGGUGGCCAUCCUCAGACAUCCCACACUGGAGAGUUGGUUUCUAGCCCUGGAGCGGAAAGCCUUGCCCCCCCACACGCUCAGCCCCACCCUCGUGAAGCUGCUAGCGUCCCACCUCAGUGCAGGUGUCCUUCGGCUGCUGGUGGCGUGUUCCCCAAUCCUCCGUAAACUGGGUCAGUUAGGCCUCCUGGCAAAGUACUCAGAAGCCAUCACUCAAAGUGUGUUGAGAGAGCUGCGCACCAGGACUGGAGACUCCGCCACAACACCCAAGACCCUGCCUCAGCUCGAGGCCCUGCGGGAGCUGCAUCCAUACAUGGAAAGUGUCCAGAUCCGAGAGGUCACCCUGGCCCUGCUGGGCCUGCCAGAGGCCCACCUGCUGACCCAGCAAGCCACACGGUCUCCAGGAAAGGAGAGACAACUGAGCAACCUUGGGAAGACCCUGGUACAACUGCUGGCAAGCAGCCCCCAGGACCCGCUGCAGAGCAGUGAGCUCCUUUGGUGGGCCGAGUAUGUUCGAGGCCUGGGGGCUCUGCUCCCUGCUCUGGCUGAGCAUGAGCUGGAUGCUGUAUUCCUUCGGACUCUGCAGAGAGACCCUGUGCUGGCCCCUGUGGUCCCAGCUGACCUACUUGAGUACUGCCUGCUCCGACGGACAGAGGCAUCCCUGGGCAUUGCCAGCCUGCUUCUGCAGCACAGCAGCACCCACCUGCUGAAGUUUGAGCUGUGGUGUGGGCAGCCUGGUGUGGGGCUCCUGCAGGAGCACCCGGAUGACUUCCUCCCCCUCAUCCAUGUGUAUCUCCAGCACAGGACACAGGGAUGCUUCACACGGCCAACAGGAGUGUGCUCUGCUGUCACUCCUGUCUUGAGGGCCCUGUGGAGACGAGUACGACCCAGGUUUGUUCAUACUGAUGGGCUCUCCAAACAUGAGCUGCAUCUGGAGUCCCUGGCCCAGCUCAUUCCAUUCGCAAGAACCAAAGACCUGCAUGUUCUCAUGGACCAUUUGCCCAGCUUGCUCCGGACUCCGAGUAGUCACAAGAGUUGGAUCGUGGCCGACUCUGUCUCAGCAGCCUUGGCAGAGUCCGCAGAAGAACUGAAUGCCUGGAGGAAGACCCUCCUGAGGUCCUGUAUGCAGUGGCUGGCUGUAUCCUUCAGUGACAGGGAGCCAGGAGAUGAAAACGCCCAGGAGCGAGAGAGGCCAAUGCUGUUGCGAGUAAGCGAGUUGUUGCAUGCACUUGAAGAUGUUGACCCUGGUGACUGGCAGCAGUUUGUGAAGACAGGACUCAAAUUUCGGUACCAGGACCUCACCUUUUUGAAGACUCUCCUUGAUGCCAUGAAGCUCUUGUAUGGUCCAGAAAGCUCUGUGCACACAAAACUUAUCCAGCUUCCGGUGGUCCACAUGAUGCUCACCCAGCAUUCUCUGUUUUUGCCAACCAUGCUGAUAUCUGAAGAAGUGGAAAAUCCGGACAGUCAAGUAAAAGAGACCCUGGUGGACCUGAUGUCCACAGUGGUGAAGAUGUGCCCUUCUGUCUGUGAGAGCAGCCACUUUGCUGUGCUACUUGGGACCUACAGUGCCACCCUCAGUGUCUUGGACCAGAAGAUUUUACUUCUCCUUCGGGCGUAUGAACAGAACAACCUCAGUCUCAUCAGCUUCCGGGUUCUGCUAUGGGGCCCAGCAGCUGUGGAACAUCACAAGACAUGCCGAAGCCUAGGAAAGUCACUCUGGCAGCAGCCAAGCGUCGGGGACAUCCUCCGCCUGCUGGACCCUGACCGCAUGAUGCAGACCAUCCUGCACUUCCCACAGUGCCGGAGGCUGCUGCCCACCGAGGACACGGGGGAGCCACUGGUGUUUAAGGAUGACACUGUGAGAGUGGACCUGGACAGCAUCUAUGACCCCUGCUUUCUCCUCCAUCUCUUUGGGGAAUUGACCAGGCCAGAGUUUGUGGUGGAUUGUCGGAAAUUUUUGGAUUCAAACGCUCUGGGUCUAACUGUGGCAGCCCUCAGCAGCUAUGACCCCCAGAUGCGCGCCGCUGCCUACUCCGUCCUGGCAGCCUACUACUCACACGUGGAGGGAGCGCGCUUCCGGGAACAGGCACAGGUUCUGUACCUGUUGGAUGUUGUCCGCAAUGGAAUUAAAGCUCCGAACAUGAGGCUCCCGUUCACCCUGGCUCUUUUCAUUGCCAAGGCAGCACUGCAGAUCCUGAAACCAGAGGAGCACAUGUACUGGAAGAUCAGCAAGUUCCUGCUGUCCCACGAAACCUUGCACAUGGACAAACUGCCAGGCUUCUACCAGUUCUUCUACAGCUCUGACUUCCAGCAAAAAGCUGAGCAAGAAUGGGUGUUGGGAAUUCUGCGGCAGGGGAUUAGAGACAAGCAGUGCUAUGAGCUGUGCUCCAGGAGAGGAGUGCUCCACGUCCUCCUGUCCUUCUUCAGCAGCCCCUUGUGUGACCAAGUGGCUCAGAAUUGGAUUCUGGAAAUUCUACAGAAUGUUGCCCUCAUCACCAGAUCUGCCUAUGAAAUCAUACGUGACUAUAGCCUGUUAACAUGGAUUUUACACAUCCUUGAGAGCAGAUUUGUGGAGACUCAGCUGCUCUCCAACGUGAUCUCCUUGCUACACACCCUGUGGGUGACCAGCCUGGGAAACAAAGCAGCAGAGCAGGGGGCGCAGCCCUCUUGCCAGCCUGCCUCCCACGAGUCCCAGAAGACGCUUGCCUUGCACGUCGUUACUGAGUUCCUGUGUGUCCUCAUCGCACUCACAAAGCUCCUGAGGCCAACCUUGACCUCUGCCCAGCUGAUGAGCUUCUUUUGGACACUCGAGUCUGUGCUGAGUUAUCGGGCCACUGUCCUAAAGACCUUCAAGGACAUGGGCCGAUUCACUGUGAACAAGGUGACACUUUCCACCAAAGACGUCCUGGUCCUCUUACAUAAGUGGAGCCUCAUUGAAAGAGACACAAAGCUCCAAGGAGCCCUGAAAGCCAUCAUUGAGCAGCACCAAGACAAGGACCUAAUGAAAAUGCUCAAGGAUAAGAACAAGCCAGUGACAGCUGCCCAUGCCAGAGGCCCACGAGGCCGGAAGAAGAGGCAUGGAGAGGUGGAGGAGACUGCAGAGCCCGAGCUGGAAGCAUCUAGUUUGAAGACAUGCAAGGACCUCCUAAGGGCCACACUGACUCACUGGGGUCCAGUUGUCCCCAUCCCUGAACCUACUCAGGAGUCUGUGGACCAGGCUACCCCUAGAAGUAAAACACUGGACUCUACGCAUGCUGCUAUUUCCUUGGUGGCCAACUGGGUGCUGCGGUCAUUGGCUGAGUGCCCCCUCAGCAGGGCAGAGGCCACAAGACUCCUUGACUGGCUCACGAGCCACAUUUUGCCAUACCCAGUGGUGGUAGCAGACCUCCUCAGGGACAGUGCUGUGAAGAGUGGCAUCUUGAGGCUGUAUAGUCAUCACUGCAGUACCCAGGGCCUGGCAGGGCCUGCACAGGACGUGGCUUGCAAGUUCAGCGCGGUCAUGCUGCAGUUGCUGGCGGCCCAGGGCCAGGUAGACAGUCCUCUCCACCCAGUGGUGGAGGCCCUGUGCCUUGAUGGCCUGAGCAAGAAGGAUGAAGCCAAGCGAGCUCCCACAGCAUUCCUGGUCUCUCUGUACGUUAAGGACAUCUGGCUGGGGGCCCAGCAGCCAGACACCUUCCUCGCUCAUGUCGGAAUGGUCUGUGAGGCUGUAAAGGAUGGGCCUCGUGGUGAGGAGGAAGACAUUGUUGUGCUCUGCAGGAACAUCAUCUCAGACUCUUGACCCGCCCCUGCUGACCAGCGCCCCAGUGGACCAAGGUUCCUGGAGGUGUGAACUGAACGCUGGAAUGUUUGCCAGCAAGAACGGCUCAGAGGACUUAGAGGCCUGGCCCGGUGCUGACCCUGCAGUCAGCUGUAGUGAUGGGGGCUGCCGUUCCCUCGUCCCGGAGCUCCUGGCAGAGGAAGCUCCCUGAGUGCUGCUCGUAAGUACAGAAUGGAUUCAUGGGUUCAAGCUGAAAUGUGGAUGCUUGCGUCUCUGGGUGCACGUGACCGUGUUUCAGCCUUCUCUGUGAGAAACCGCAAAGUAUCUUCUGUGACGGAAUGAGCAAGCUCCUUGGAGUUUGCUGUUACUGAAGUGUGUUGUGCUGCCCCUGAGGUGAAAUGCUUUCACCUCUACUUUGGGAAGACUCUAUCUGUAUUUUUAAGUUUUGUUUCCAGAGAGGAUUUUGAGUUUUAUAAUGUUUUGAUAAUAAAUAGCUACUUUUGUGA